ACAUGAAGCGUGCCGACGUAUUGGCUCGCUCACGGGAUAGCGCCGCAGUAUUGAUGGCUAGCAGGGGCAACAGGAGGGGGAAACACGGGACACAGAACUCGAAAAGUCGGUCCGGCGUUAUUAACCAUGAAUUAACUUCUGUUACCUGCUUUUAAACGGCAGUGAGAAUGAUGUCGAUACUGAGCGGCGUGUCUUUAAAGGCAGUUGGCGGAGCUCAGUCGAAGCUGCUAAAGGGCAUUGCAGCCAGACAGCUUCACAGCACGUGCGAUGUGGCCGUGGUCGGCGGCGGUAUCGUGGGCUUGGCCGCAGCCCGGGAGCUCAUUCUGCGCCAUCCCUCUCUGAGCUUCAUCCUGCUGGAGAAAGAAAAAGAACUCUCUUUGCACCAGAGCGGCCACAACAGCGGCGUCAUCCACAGCGGGAUCUAUUACACCCCGGGCUCUCUGAAGGCGCGUUUGUGCGUGCGGGGCGCAACGCUGGCCUACGAGUACUGCGAGAAGAAAGGAAUCCCUUACAGGAGAUGCGGCAAGCUCAUCGUCGCCGUGGAGCAGGAGGAGAUCCCCAGGCUGAAAGCGCUCUACCAGCGCGGCCUUAAGAACAACGUGCGCGACCUCAGCAUCCUCGACGCGAAGGGGAUCCGGGAGCGAGAGCCAUAUUGCAGGGGGAUAAUGGCUCUGGAUUCGCCUUACACCGGCAUCGUUGACUGGAGGAUGGUGGCACUCCGGUACGGCAGAGACUUCGAGGAGUUGGGCGGCACCGUGCAGACCGAGUACGAAGUCAGCGGCAUCUCCAUGGUGAAAGAGAGCCCGGCAGGGAGCUCUGAAGGAAUGAAGUAUCCAAUCGCUAUCAGAGACAAAAAGGGAGGCGAGGUGCGGUGCCGCUACGUCCUGACCUGCGGGGGCCUGUACUCCGACCGGCUGUCGCUGAUAUCUGGCUGCAGCCGGGAGCCCAGGAUCGUCCCCUUCAGAGGGGAUUAUCUGGUCCUGAAGCCAGAGAAACACUACUUGGUUAAAGGAAACAUUUACCCCGUUCCUGACCCCCGUUUCCCGUUCCUUGGAGUCCACUUCACCCCGAGGAUGGACGGCAGCGUUUGGCUGGGCCCUAACGCUGUCCUCGCCUUCAAAAGGGAAGGUUACAACUUGUACGACUUCAACGCUCAAGACUUUACAGAUGCUCUCUCCUUCAGAGGCCUUCAGAAGCUGAUAAUGAGGAAUGUCACUUACGGCCUUGGAGAGAUGUACAGAGGGGUUUUCAUCGGCGCUCAGGUUAAAAUCCUGCAGAAAUACAUCCCCGAACUCUCCCAAAUGGACGUGCUCAGGGGUCCCGCCGGAGUCCGGGCUCAGGCCCUCGACCGCGAAGGAAACCUGGUGGACGACUUUGUGUUUGACGGCGGCGUCGGGGACGUGGGCAGCAGGGUGCUGCACGUGCGGAACGCGCCCUCGCCAGCAGCCACCUCCUCCCUCGCCAUCGGCGAAAUGAUCGCCGACGAGGUGGAGAAGCGCUUCGCGUUGUAGACACGCACGGCGGAAGCACAUAGACGGGAUAGGUGCUGCGCCAAGUCCAAACUGCCUCUGCCGGCCUUAACUUAACCAAGAAACUAACUUCUUCUCAAUCAAGUGGUGCUUCAUAUUGGGUUCACACCGCCAUUAUCACUGUUUUCAGUCUACAUUUCUGUCUCUAAAAAAGCACAUCAGAGACUCUUAAUGAAGGUGUGUUAAUUUGCUGACUGAAUAUCGUAAAGUCUGCCUUAUGUGUCCAAAGACUUGAAAAAAAGCUGAUAUUUAAACUGUUCUCAUGAGUGAAAAGGACAAAUCUGUUUUUUUUAAUCACCAAGAGUCUGUGUGAACUGGAUUAUCUCUGUGUAUUAUGGAUUAUCCGUGCAAUGAAGCUCCUCACUGAUAUCAACAUGACUCAGUUUACAAAGAGGAGUGGAUUGACUGUAUUAGUCUGGUUUUAAAGACGGUUUUUAGAUGACAUCACGACUAAAGUGUGUAGUUUUAUACUAACAUUAAAGCAAAGUGGUGUUUUGUGAGCUGUGUAUUUUUGUAGAAUUUAGCCAAAAUCUGCUGUUUGUCAUCGCCCCAGAGGUUUUUCACGCUGCUGUAGCUGUUCAGAUAACAACGGCGUUGUUUAUUUUAUAUUAUUCCAUCUAUUGUAUCGACAGCUGAAUGUGACAGGUCUUAUUUGCCUCUUAGAUUUGUUUGGGAGACUAAAGCGUUGAAAGA